AAACGAAUAACCUAAAAGUGCAAAAGAAAAAAAAUGUUUAAAAAUUAAAAAACUGUGAUAGAAAAGCAAAAAAAGAUUUGUGAAGUUGUUUGUGAAAAAUAGCAAAACAAAUUUAAAAAAAUUUUUAAGGGUUUUGAAGCAAGCAUAUCAUUUUUAAUAUGUAAAUAAUGCUUUUGCCCUCAGGUCAUGCUAUUACCAGUAAUGACCAACAGCAGCCACCUAGUUUAGGUAACGGUAGUAUAAAUGCAAGUAAUAAUAUUGAUUAUGGAAUAAUAACAGACACAACAACAACAUCUAAUAAUAUACCAACGUCAUUAAUACAAACAAAUAAUAUUGUUGCUACUAGUACACCAAUAGGUAGUGUAGCAUCAGGAAUAUUAGCUACAACUGUAACAACAUCAAACAAUAUUAUAAAUAAUGGACAAUUAUAUAUGACAACAGGUAUUCUACCAACAACAAAUUUAAAUGCUAUAGCAAAUAUAAAUUAUAUAGAUAGUGAUAUUGUUGUUACUAAGCCACCAGCUGGUACAGUAGUAGGAACAGGAAUAGUAGCAAUAGCAGCUGCAACAACAGCAAUAACAACACCAUCAACAACGGCUGUUAUAACAAAUUCUGUAAAUACAAUUCAAGCUGUUAAAACGGCAACAGCUGCAACAAAUACUUAUAAUGUAGAUUUAACGAAACAUUUAGAUGUGCUACAAGAUGCACUAAAAGAUGGAUGGACUGUACAUUGUGGAAAAGAAGGGCGUUUAUAUUAUUGCAAUCACAUAACACAUUCAGCUGGAUGGUUACCACCAUGUGAAAAUUGGGGACCAAAUGAAGAAUUACCAUAUGGAUGGGAGAAGGCAAUUGAUGCCAAAGGUCGUUCGUAUUUCAUAAAUCACUUAAAUAAAACAUCAACAUACGAAGCACCAGAUUAUUCAAGAUGGAAUGAUGAAACACCACCAGAACCACGUACAGUAACAUUAUAUCGAAGCCCUACAAUGGGUUUUGGAUUUGUAGCUGGAAGUGAACGACCUGUUAUCGUUAGAUUUGUUACGGAAGGGGGUCCUAGCGUUAAUAAGCUUCAACCUGGUGAUCAAAUAUUAGCUGUUAAUGAUGAAGAUGUUAAAGAAGCACAACGUGAUCAUGUUAUACAAUUAGUUAGAUCAUGUGAAACUCAAGUUAAAUUAUUAGUAUGUCAACCGGCGCGUACUAUUGCAGGACCAGGUAGAAAAUCAACAUUAUUAUCAGCUGGUAAACGUGCAAAAUUACGUACACGGCCUAGUAGAGUUAGAUUUGCAGAAAGUGUUUGUGUUAACGGAGCACCAUUAUUUCCGCCAUCAGCAUUUUCAUUAGGUGAUUUAUGUGUUCCGCCAAUGGCAAAUGUAUUGAAAGUGUUCCUAGAAAAUGGUCAAACCAAGUCAUUUAAAUAUGAUGCAACAACAACAGUUCACGAUGUUGUUACUUCAUUGCGUGACAAACUGUGCCUAACUGCCAGUGAACAUUUUAGCCUUGUUCUAGAGCAUGUUAAAAGUCUUAAAAGAAAUAAAUUAACAUUAUUAGAUCCAGAUGAAACCCUAGCAAGGAUAGCGGCACGUCCUGGAGCUCAUAAAUUACGUUGCCUUUUUCGUGUUACCUUUGUUCCAGUUUCAGCUGCUGAAUUAGCUCAAAAAGAUUUAAAUGCUUUAGAUUAUUUAUAUAUGCAAUGUUGUAAUGAUGUUACACAAGAACGUUUUGCACCAGAAUUACAACCAGAAGUAGCAUUAAGAUUAGCUGCAUUACAUAUACAUCAACAUGCAUUAGCAAAUAAUGUUUCACCAGCAAAAUUAACUGUUAAAAUAGUAGAGCGUGAAUUUGGUUUAGAACGUUUUGUGCCUUCAUCUUUAGUAGAAGGAAUGAAGCGUAAAGAAUUAAGGCGUCUAAUAUCACAUUUCUUAAAAUUAAAUUCACAGAUGACAGGAUCAUCAUCAAAAAUGUUAACCCAACUACAGGCGAAAAUUCAUUAUCUUGACAUCAUUUCUGGAUUACCAAGCUAUGGUGCAAAAUGUUUUAGUACAAGUCAAAGAGAGGGCAUGGAACGUGUAUUAUUAAUUAGCCCCAGAUUUGGUUUAAGUCAAAUUGCUGGUGUUCGUAAUUCUGUGCCACAACCUAUCUGUACUAUUGAAGAACUACUAAGAGUUGUAGUUCAUCGUGAGGAUGAUAUAACUUGUACUGUACAUGUUCAAAUGGCAGAAGAUCGAAUGAUUAAAUUUUCAAUGGAAGAUCGUGAUGCUUGUGAAUUUUCACUUGUAUUAGCUGGUUAUUACAAAUUAUUGACAGGUGGAAAAGAUCUUCAUGUUGAUCGGGAACGAGAAAAAUAUGAAGAUGAUAAUGCACCAGCCUAUUUAUCACAACAUACAGUUUUUCCAGCUAAAUGGAGUUAUGUAUUACCAUUCCAUAACCGUGCACAUAAUGUUAGCUUUUUAGUACCACCACCAUAUCAUUCACUACAGGAAAUAUCUGCAACAAAAGAUGAAAGUAUCAUAAGUAGUAUGAUUAAUCAUUGUGAUCGUAAUAUGAAUACAGCAAAAAUUCCCAAUAAUAAUCAUCAGCAAGAGCUACAGCAACAGCAAAAUAAUCUAUUACCUAAAAUAGAUAUUGGAACAAGUACUAUAAAUAAUAGUGCGCAUAUUAUACCAACUAAUCCAAGUCAGUUUUCUGCCGUUGAAAAUAGAAUGUUAAUUUCAGAUGAUUUUGGAUUAGAUUUACAUAGCGUUAUGGCAAUGGAACUCUUAGAGGAGGCAGCAAAAGAUUGUACAAGUGGCGGUGGUGGUAGUAGUAGUGCAAGUAGCAGUACCAAUAGUUAUAGUAUGAGUUCUAGAACUACAAAUGGUUAUGUUGAGGCUAAAAACGAAGAAGUUUUAAGACGAGUACAAGAAAUGCAAAAAAUGGUUGAAAGCUCCGAACAAUAUUUAAAUGAACACGGAGAAUUGAUACAUGAAUAUGAAAUUAAAAAUAGUAGUUUAAGGCAACCAUGGAAUAGUACAUCAUUAGAAUUGGAUAGCGAUUGUGAAAGUUUAAACAGCAGUAAAGUUUCAUCAAAUGAAGAUGCUCCACCACCAGGGGCGUUGAAACAUAGUGAUUCUUUAAUAUUGUUAGCUGAGGCAAUUAAUCAAGAUUUAACUGGAAUAACAAAAGGAUUGAAUUCCAUCGGUGGUUUAGGAAGUAAUAAUACAAAUACGACAAAUAGUAACGGUGGUGCUAAUAACGAUUUUACGAAUACGAACAAUAAUAAUAAAAAUAAAUUAAAUAGCCAAAUAAAUAAUGGUAGUGCUAAUCCUCAAUCACCAAAGGUGACACCAAAACCAACACGAAAAAUAAAUGGAUUAAGUCAACUUCUUAGUGAAUUGCAAUCGCUCGGUAACGAUUGCUCACAAUCUGAAUCGGAUUCAGAAUCGGUACAUACACCAAGUCAAUCACCGACAAUUAUAAAACGUAAUGUUGCUUUUGGACCAACAACACCUAAUCAACAACAAAACGGUGGUCAUAAGAAAAUGAAUCAAAUCCGGACUAGUUUUGGUCUACACAGCCCUGAUAGUUCAGUUUUAGAUUCAAAAGACAGUAAUCUACGAGACUACUUAAGGCAAUUGAAAGAAUUUUCUAAAGCUGAUGUAAAAGAAAUGGAUCACACAGAUUUAGCUGCGAAAAAAUUAUCUGAACUUUAUGGAUUCGAUAUCAGUGAAGAUACGUUUAUUGAGACUGAUCCUGAUUUAAUUGAUUUGCGAGCAAUACCACCACCGCAAACCCCAGACGAAUUAGAUUCAGCUUUUACCAUAUUAAAUAAUGCGCCAAAAGGAUUUGGAGAUGCGGGAAAUAAAUCGGAAGAUGAAGGUGACUUGGACCAAUUCUUAGCUAAAGUCAUUGUUGCACCGCCUACACAAAAAGCAACUCCAGCUAAAGAACUUACACCAGAAGAAAUAAUGUCUUUUAUAAUACCACCACCACCGAAUUUAGAAGAACUUGAGAAACGAAAAAGUUUAGAACUAAAUCUUAAUAAUGGAAGCCCUGAAUUUUUGGUUAAGACAAAAAACUCUCAAGUAGUUAGCGAUAAAAAUAUUAAUAAUAGUUAUUAUAGUAAUUAUAAUCAAAACAAAUAUUCCAAAGAAAGUCUUUAUAGUAAUUCCAAUAAUAUUAAUUCAAAUCAAAUUAUAAAUGGUCAAACAAAUAAUAUAAAAGCUUUAAAAGAAAAUGGAAAUUCCAAUCAUGUUAUUGAGUAUUCUACUGUUGAACGUAAAGGCGCAUUUUCCUGUUGCACAAAAUCCAAAAAAGAGGAAGAACAAUUACAAACGCCAUCUGAUAGUUCAACAUCAACAUCCAAUUGCAGUUCUAGUACGGAUUAUCCAGGUUCAAAAACUAACUCGGAUCAAAAUGAUGAUAGUAAAUUUUCUUUACCACCAAGAAGAUGUCCGCAUCAAACCAAUUAUAGCCCACCAGCUAGACCCCCUAAAAACACUGAUCUACACAGUAAAAUAUCAAAUUCCCCAGUAAAACGAAUAACUUUUAGCCCUGAUUUGAAGCGAAUCGAACCUAUUAUUUCACAAACCCCACCACCGAUUAUACCCCCCAGAAUAGAUGGCGGUUUUGCUUCUCCGCCAUCAUCAUCUUCAGCAUCACCAACAAUGUCCCCACUUGGAAUUCCACCUAAAAAACCUCCUCUUCCACCAAUUGCUGUUAAGCCCAUUUUAAGAAACCCACAACCAUUACCAAAACCAAAUUUAGCAAAUAUCAGUUCUCCAAUAAAAAUCGUUGGAAUUGGCUCACCACAUUUGCAUCGUAAUCUCAGCGCUUAUCGAGAUCAUUGCACAUCACCAACAUCUAGUUCACCAACAACUAGUUUGAGUAGCAUGUCACCAACACCACAGCCCCGUUCAAAUGGUCAUCAUCGAUCAAACAGCGAUUGCCCACCAGUUUGCUUAAAAAAUCCCAGUUCGGAUAAUAAACCGCAAUUAUCUUUACUGUGCUCACCGCAAAUGUCACGUAAAUUACAAUCUAAUGAAAAUAAUAAUCUAUGUGCGUCUGGUGUUACUGAACAAUAUCAAACUUCGACAAUAACUCGUAACGGAUACGUUGUGAACGGUGAAGCAUUAUUAGCUAAAACUGAUAUUGCAAUGGCUGGUCUUUUAGUAAGACUAGAUCAUGUGGCUGCUCAAUGUACAGCAGCUCAAUCGGCUGGUGGCGGAGCCAAUAUUGAUGAGCAAAAAUUUGAAAAAGCUCGUGAAGAAUUAACCGAACAAACAUUAAAUUUAGUUACAGCUAGCAAAUUACUAGUAGUUGCUAUGUCUGAUCCUUCACUAUCAUCAUUACCAGAACAUUUAACAUCAUGUUUAACUGCAAUUCGAAGAAUAACAGAGUUAACGCAAGACAUGACUCGACAUACAUCAUCACCACUACAAACUCGUAAUAUAGUACUUAAAGUACACGAUGUAGCAUCUAGUUUUCGUGAAUUAGCUGGAGUUCAAAUUGGUCUUCUUGGAGCAGGGCAAUUGGCUUUGCAAGCUGAAUGUUUAGCUGGUGUACUAACAACUCUUUUACGAAGUUUACGCGUUUUCUCACCAUAAAUUAAUUCAAAAUACAAUCUAGUAUAUUCCACAAAAAAAUGAAAUUUCAAUUGGUUUAAGGGAAGAAAUUGUUUUACUACAACCCCUACGUGAAUAAAAUCGAAAUGGUGAAUUAAAUAAGAAUUCAAAAAUAUUAUAAAAUUCAAAUUCAACAAUAAUAAUAAUGAUAACAAAUUAAUAAAUAAAAGAAACUCCUAGAUUUAUGCCUAGUUAAAUAAGAGAAAUAACCAUUAAAUAUUUUGUUAACAAAUAUAUUAAUUUAAAAUAUGUAAAGUUUUGUAUAAAAAAAGAAAGAAAACGAGUAAUAAACUUAAAAGUAGAA